AUGCACAAAACUCAAAUGAGCUUGAGAGACAAAAUAAUCAUGACCUAUGUUAAAUUAAAACAGAAUCUUUCGUACUCAUUUUUAGCAGUUAUUUUUAAUAAUUGUACACCGAGGCACUGUCAACGAAUUUUUUAUAAAACUUUGCAAAUGUUAAGUGAGACAUUAAGACCUAUGAUAUCUUGGCCAUCAAGGGAUGAAAUCUCUCGAAAUUUACCAAAAGUGUUCGAAGGAUUUGAAAAUGUGAGAAUUGUCGUAGAUUGCACGGAGAUUUUCAUACAAGCUCUAACUAAGUUAGGCUGUCAAGAAGUUGUUUAUUCGCAUUAUAAAUCAUCUCCAACGAUCAAGGUUAUGACCGGAGUAUCACCAGGAGGGACGAUAACAUUUAUAAGUAAACCGUUUGGAGGAAGAGUUACUGAUACUGAAAUAUUUUCGAAGAGUGAAUUAAUAAAUUUGUUAGAAGUUAAUGAUGGAGUAAUGUGUGAUCGAGGAUUUCUGAUAGACGAGCUUUGUGCUCGAAAAAGUUGGAAACUUAUUAGACCUCCUUUCCUAAAAGAUAAAAAACAAUUCUCCAAAAGUGAAGCAAUUCUUACCUCACAAAUAGCUAAAGCUCGAGUUCACAUAGAAAGAUCUAAUCAACGAAUCAAAGCCUUUGCGGUGGUUGGUGAAACAAUGUCGGUGAAACUGGUACCAAUUAUAGAAGAUAUUUUUUCUGUUAUUUGUGCAACAGUCAACCUCACCGUCAACAUCUUUAUCACGAAUACACUAUCGAAAUCAACAGUCAGUAUGAAAGCUCGUUUAUCGAACGAUGAAUAG